CCAAGUGAGCCAACCAGUUUGACACUCAACAAGUAGUAGCGAUGUCGUGCCGACGGCUCAUUGUAGUUUUAUGUGGCCUUAUUGCCUCAAUACCUGAAUUUUCUUUAGGACAAAGCCCUCAUCGAAGAUUUGAGUAUAAAUACAGUUUUAAAUCCCCUUAUUUGGCCCAGAAGGAUAAUCAAGUGCCCUUCUGGACUUAUAGUGGCAACGCUAUAGCCAGCAGCGAGAGCCUGCGUAUCACGCCGUCGCUGCGCAGUCAGAAGGGCCAGGCGUGGUGCAAGCAGCCGACCUCCUUCGAGUGGUGGGAGGUCGAGAUCGUCUUCAGGAUCAACGGCAGGGGGCGCGUCGGCGCCGAUGGCUUGGCAUUCUGGUUCACGACAGCACACGGCGUAGAAGGUCCGGUGUUCGGCAGCUCGGACAAGUGGAAUGGCUUGGGUAUUUUCUUCGAUUCAUUCGACAAUGACAACAAACGCAACAACCCCUACGUCAUGGCCAUGAUCAACGACGGUACCAAGGCUUACGACCACGAGAACGACGGCAUGAGCCAGCUGUUGGGCGGCUGCCUGCGAGACUUCCGCAACAAACCUCAUCCCGUGCGCGCCAAGAUAGAGUACUACAAGCACGUGCUGACGGUGAAGAUACAAAACCUGAACUUGGACGCCCUGGGACUGGAAGACGCAGUGGGCGCUGACAUGUACAGCCUGUACCAUACCGACCCAUCCUCCAUGGGACAGCCCCUACACCCCAGCUUGCUGUACAAGUUCUCCACCAACCAGACAAGCACUUCUCAAGACUCGGAGAGUCACGGCUCGUUUUUUGGCUCCUGGUUUGCAGAUGCGCAGGAGCUCGAGCCGCGAAGCCCUGACUACGACUCUGAGUCUGCAUACGUGAACGAGGACUUGGAUUACGUCCCAGGCAUGGGAGUUGUGUCAGAUGCAGGCGCCACCGAUGUGAUCGAUGAAGAAGUGGUGGCCGUUGAUGGCACCAGGUCGCUAUAUUCCAGCAUUAAUGAAGCUGGCAAUGUGGACAAUGUUGCGUCAAAUAGUGACAAACCAUCAUCGGGAUGGUUCGGUGGAGAAGAAACCCCCACGACGAGCGAGUCGCUUACUGCAGACAGCAAGGAUGUGUCUAACGCGGCUAAGCUAAGUCGUGCCAAGAAGCUGCGCAGGAAGCGACGUCUCGAGCGCCGGCGAAGGAGGAAGAUCGCCACCAAACACAGCAAGCUGAGCAAGACGAAGCCAUCGUUGAUGGUGCACAACGGUCUCACCGCGGGCGACAAGGACUACGAGAUUUGCACGCGCGUCGAGGGCGUUCAUCUGCCCACCUCGGGCUACUUCGGCCUCUCAGCGGCUACUGGGGGCCUGGCUGAUGACCACGACGUUCUGAAGUUCUUGGUGUCAUCCUUGCGUAGUCCCGACGAGCUGGCCGCCGCCGCCUCGACUGACAAGGAACAGGAAGAACAAUACCAGCGAGAGUUCCAGCAGUACCAGGAGAAAACUCAGAGAGCCAGAGACGAGUACGUUGCCGCGAACCCUGACGCUCGUAAGCAGCACGUUGACGAGGACGACGAGUACGAGGCUGCCGACAUCAGGGAGCUGCGGCAGAUCUUCACAGGACAGUCGCAGAUCUACGACGCCAUGCGACAACUCAACGCUAAGAUGGAUGAGAUCAUCGGGCGGCAGGAGCGAACCUUGUCUCUUGUUGGUGCCGUACACUCUGGCUUGGCCGUGGCGGGGGGAGGUGUGCCGCUGCCUACAGGGGGCGCUGCGCCCCCGCCUCCCGCAGUGGGGGGCGCUAGCCCCAUCUCCCGCUUCGAGGUGGACUCGCUCAUCAACACACAGCGAGACAUCGCGCAGACUGCUAAAGAUGUCAAGAACAUGGUGGUGGACAUCAGCCAGAAGAGCACGCAGCUGCUGAACAAAGCUGGCCAGCCCGUGGGGUCGGCGCAGCCUGUGGGGGGCGCGUACGACAUGCACGUCACUCUUAAGGAGCUCAACGAAGGCCUCAACCACAUCAAGCACACCUUAAGCGCGCCUGGUGGGCAGCAGCAGCGGGGAGGAGUGGUGGAGGCCUGUCCGUCAUGUCUCUCCACGUGGCUCUUCGUGGGAGUAGCUCUAUCACAGCUAAUCUGCAUAAUCGGCUACAUGAUGUAUCGAGACAACAGAGAUGCACAAGCCAAGAAGUUCUACUAGCAUCGCUCGAACUCCUAGACCAAUUUUCAGAAUAUUUUUACAAACCCCGUCACAAAGCCUGUCAAUUGAUGCUUUGAGAAUACGAUGUAUGGUUGUUGACGAGUCUUGCUUUCUUAGCGACAUGAUCGCUGAAGCUGCUGCUUAUAGCCAAACUUACUUCUGAACGCCUCGACCUGUUCCAUUGUUGAAAAUCUUUUAUUUUAUUGUUAACUUGGUUAUUCUCAUAAAUCUCGUACGCGUAGCAGUUGCGGUUCCAGCCUUUAAGUUGUUUAGGUACACAAGGUGCAAUGAGAGAAUUACUUUUUAUUUUAAUUUAUAAAAAUCUUUUGAGAUUUAUUAUUUAUUUGUUUUAGUUACUUAUUUCAUUACUUGCCUCUUUUAGUUCGGUGCUUAACGUUACUUUUUACAUCGAAUCUAAGUGAUAAAUUGUCCAAUUCGAUUGACAGCAAACCAAACGCUGCGUUCAUUUGAAUUCUCUUGUAAAUUUUAGCGUGAUGCUUGAAGUGCGCCGUACGAAGACCAUUUAUGCUCUUCGCUGUAUCCUCAUUCUUCUUUCUCAUCCAAGAAAUCAAUGUGGAAAGAAUUGAAUUUAUUGGCUCCUAAUUUACAGUCCCUCGCGUUUGUGUACGGGCGGGCCUUGUAACUCUCAAAUUCUGUAGGCGCAGAGAAUCGCUGUACUGUGCUUCUGUGCUGCUAGCUUAUCCUCGAACUAAAAUUGUGAAUUUGCCAAGUUUUCUUUCGGAAUGUAUUGAUUGUUAUUAUCAUGAAGUUAAUUCAUAAAAUUGAAGCGAGAGCCGGUUGAUAUUCGUUGAUAUUUCAUUGAAAUAGGAGCGAAUUACUAAAGUGCGUUAUUGCAUGUUCUAUACGGGACAAACGCUUGAGGUUGCUGUCUGGCCGAGCAUUGUAUCGACAGUAAUUUGUUCGUUGAUAUGUUUAUUCCAUCAGUCAACGUCUUCCAUUGCCAAUUUCUCCACCUUUUACUCGUGACACCUCAGGCCUGCGAAGACGUAGCGUCGUCUCACCAAACCCAAGUUCCUGCAAUGUAGCCAACCAUGCGUUCCUAGCAGCGCUUGAAUUGAAAUUCUCGCUUUGGUUAUUAAGUUCAAGUUUUAGACUUGCAAUUUUAAGCCGCAUCUUCACAUUUCAUGACAUGAUCUUCAAGUUGAAGUUGUUGGGUAGUCUAUGUAACUUUCAACGACACGUUUUUGAGAGUUUUCAUAUCGUUUUCUCGGCUUGCUUUUCGUAUUUGACAUGUAAGAUUGUUGAAAGUUUUAACGUCUGGUUAAGUUUUUGGGAAGGUUUAGGGUAGAUGCGAGAACUCAUGCUCUGUCAUACACUAAUUUCCUUUGAACAAGCGGUCAGGGAUUAUGCGUCAAGGCGGCACUUUUCGCAUCAGAAACAGAAAGCAUUGUUUGUCAAUAUCACCAGAUUAAAAAUAUGAAUUAUUUUAGAUAAUAUUGUUUUUUAUACAUGUCCGUCCUCUUGUAUUUAUUUUUUUUUUCUUUUUGCAGUGAUGGUGUGCUAGAUCCUGAGUUCUCUAUGAUUAGUAUUACGUAGAGUAAGUUAUGUCUUGUUGGUCGUGUAUAUGAAUGAAACUGAAUAGAUUUUAUUGCACUUUAUAUCGAAACAUUGCAUUCAUUACUGUCUUCCUCGUGGACCCAUUGCAAAAUGUCUGGAAAUGUAAUCAUAAGUAGACAUCAGCCCUGCCAACCUACUGAGCUUGAUAUUUAGGCCUGAGUUCUAAACGUUUAUGACUGCGGACCUGAACUGCAUUAAAUGCUACAUAAUGCUAGGGUUAGGCUUGACUGCAAGCAUCCGUUUAAUGUGAGUGCGUUGGAAUAUUAUACUCUCAUUUAAAAUGUAUUAUUGAUGUAUGUAAAAUUGUCGCUCGUGGCUUCAGACACGUGUCGGACCCACCAAACGUUUAUCUCUGUUUGGUAUCGUUUAUGAUGAUGAAAUCCAUGGCUGAAUUGUUGACCUUUUAUUCAUUUCAUAGCAUUUGGUUCAAUUUAAAUCAUUUUCAACAUGCGUAGUUUUUAUAAUACCUUCGUUAGUGCAAUUGUAUCUGAUGAAGAGUUAUCAUGAUGAUGUCAGGUCGGUCUUGGGCGUCACUUGAAAUAAGUUUUCGUGCUCAACGUUGGUUAGAUUGUUAGUGUUUGUUUUUUAAGGUUUUUACAAACUUGUGACCUUGACGUAAGAUCUUCUGAUAUUGCAUUCAUAUCGCUUGAGUCAUGAUGCUUAAUCUUUCAUUGAUAUAGGUAUUUUCGAUUAAAUUUGUUCUUUUUUCCACAUAUUGUCAACACGGCAAGUUGGUAGCGAUAUUUCCCUCAAAUCAAGUUCUUAUGUUAUCUAUAAAUGCCCCAUGUACGCACAAUUUGCCAUAUUCUUAUGAGCGCAUCAAUGUUAACAGCGUUUUGAGAGCCACUGGCGUAGUUGGCUGCAGACGUCGCUUAGGGUGGUCUCCUACGUGAGAACAGUCUUCCCCCUAGGAGCUGCCUCCUCGUUAAAAUGGUCUCCUCUUAAGUGCGGUCUCUCCCUGGCGCCUCCUGAAAACCUUCGUCUAGUUCACUCGGUUCCGCGAUGUCAUUCUUUAUAAUUGGUUGUUCUUGUACCUUAUUCUUGGCAGAAAAUGUACUUAGGUUUUUUGGUGUUUGUGGCUACUGAAAGAAAUGGGGUUUCCUAUCAAAGGGAGUGAAGGGAAACUUCGUUUUUUUUCUUCUUCUGCAUUGCGUUCGCCUGAGACGAGGUUCGAAGUACCCAAAGCGUCGCUCAGUAUUGAGUUCAUCCUAAGCAAUGAGUAGCCGCUACCCCGAUAUCCCUACAAGUAAUUAUAUGUUUUUCAAAUACGCAGAUAAAAUUCAAAUUAUAAGUGUGUGAAAGAUUAUAAAAUAAGAUUCAUCAAUGAGUACGCUAUAUAUGCUCUUGAAUGAGGUUCAGACGUCACACCGUAACUGAUAUUAUUUAUUGCGACUCCAAUAACUCAUGGAAUAUUUUUAUUGAUGUACGCAUGAGCUGUUGUAAUCUCUUCCUGCCUAUUGUACGAGCGGAGCCAGGAGUCGCGUCCGAAAUUUGAUAUUAAUUUGAAUGUUUUAUUCUUAUUGACUCAAAGUUCACAUGAUUAAACUCAAAUGAUUAUUGCUCUCAAGUAGUGUAUCUAUCAUGUAGUAUUUUUAGAGCUUUUUAGUGAACUCAAGUGCAUUCAGCGGAAUUUAUUUUCUUGUUAUAUUCUGUUGCCGCGACAUCAAUAGGUAUGCAUUUUUCUUGAGCGUUCAGUGUUGGUUUUCCUUGUCGAAACAUUCAUCCAAUGGAAGCGCCAACACCAGUUUCCUGGUACCUUCCCUCUAACGAGCUUGAUCGUUUUAAUGUUAGGUAUUUAGGUAAUGAUGAAUUGUAAACUAAUUUAGUAUUCACAUUUAGGGACUCGCAUGAGUUAAGACAGGCUUCAUUCUUGUAGAAUGAUACCAGCUGAUAUUUCUUAUUGAAACGAGCUUCACAAAAUGUGUUGAUAUAAUCCUUGCUGACAAUGACCGCUGCGACGACACGUAGCAGAUGACGCCUCAUCGCCCUCUGAGGCCUCUUGUGUCUUGUCGUGUGCUAAGUACUUGUAACUUUUAACUUUCUUGGUGUUCCAUUUUACUUUUACAUCAUCUUCCAUCUCGCUCUUCCAUUAUGUUCCAUCUCAUGAAUCGUGUUCCGUCUAACCUUCUUGCCACCUUCAGAGUGCUGGCCGGUCAAGACCACUAGCCUGCAGUUGUUAGCGAUUAAUCUUUUUCUUUUAGUUGAAGAAGAACCUUCUUUUGACGCUCCACAAAAUCAUAUGUCUGUCCAAACUUGACUUUUGCUGUUAAUAAUUUCAGAUGUUGUAGGGUCAUAGUAUUAAAUACCUUAGGAUUUAUCAUGCAGAAAAUAUCGUUGUUCAGGAAUUACGGCGCUUUUUAAGUUUUAACUCUAAAAUUUUCUUAUCUCAUUCAAUUCUACUGCUGUGAUUCAAUUCUACUGCUUGAUUCACUUUACUGCUGCUUGUGAAUCAAGCAAUCCUGCUCCUGGCUCGUUUGUAAUUGAUACCACACUUUUUUUCGCCGUUAUUAUCUGAGAUUGAAUAAUUUCGCAAGAGAUGUUCCAUUUAGCGGCCAUUUAAAUAUUCAAACAGCGGCCAUUCAAAGUUGCUGUCCUCCAGUUAAUCUGAGCCAUCAGCGGUCUCCCUCCGGCGCCCUGAGUUGACGUGCGGUGCGAGCUUCCUUCUCGUUGUCUACUUUGCGUCUAGGCCGGCGAAGUCGUAAUAUUUCAGUAGACUUUGUGACGCAGGCUUUUGUGUGACCACAACAUAGGCUGUUGUGGCUUUGACUGGACAUAAGCCUUUGUGGCUUUGACUGAACAUAGGCUUUUGUGCAUUUGACGGAACAUAGACUUUUGUGCCUAGACUUUUAGACUGAACAUAACUUUUAUUAUCGCACUAGUUAGGGUAUUAAAGUUUUCUUAAGCGUCUUUCUCAUUGUUAUCACGUUAUGUAAAGAUCUUUUGUUUCUCUUGUGUUAUUUUUUUCAACUUCUAAAAGUUUGUUUACUCGCCGCUAAACUUUCAUGCUGAGAAUACAACAGAAAGAGAAGUUCAAGCAACGUCGCCGCCGCUGUCGUCUGUUCCUCUAGCGCGUCUUGCGCGCGUGCGCCGGAAACUCAACCUUGUCUUCCACGGCGCCGUGAAGCAUCGUGGGGCCCUUCUUCCAUCACGAGUAAUUGUUCGUUUUUAUAUGAUGAAUGUGUAUUAUUGACAAUUGCGUACAGAUUUAUGGGGAUGACUUAGAAUGCGUCAAGUUUCUCUUUUUAUUUCUCAACUCCAGAGAGAUUUGUAAGACGUUGUAAUUUCUUGAAUAUAUUUCUUAGGAAGCAAGGAGA